AUUUUCUAGAUUUGUGCUCCAGACUGCUCACUGCCUCCUAAGUUGUUCCUCCCUGCCCAUCACACAGCCUUCACCCUCGAUUCUCACACACUGUUGGAAAUCAGAAAAGCUGGCCAGCAAUCACUGACAGAAGCAGCAAUUUCUCUUCCCAGUAUGCCAGCCAAACGCAAGACCAAGCGAGCCAUUCCUGGCACCAAGGCGUCUCGUGUACCUAAAUCUGGAGGAUGGGUGUUGCCUCAUGGUCUUGGGCUACCAGCUCCUACUUCGGCAAAGCCCAGUGACAGUGGACCAACUGAGGAUGUUCCAGAGCAGAAGAAACUGAACUUGAAAACUACCAAGUCUUUGACUCAGCCAGACAAAAUCCAAGCCAGCGCCAGUCAUGAGUUGCCUGCUGUGACGGGUGAGGAGAACAACACAGAGGCCAGCAAGCCACCCCAAAAAGGCCAGUCAAAGGCUUCCUUGACUGGAGAGACAGUAGCAGCCCUCACACUGGAGGGCUACUACACUGGCAAAAGACUAUAUGGCAGUGAAGAGGUGGAGCGCAUACGAAUGAAGACAUCUGUCAAGGACAGAACCCCAUAUGAGAAGAAAGUGCUUGUGCCUUACAAGACAACUCCAUUCCCGGGAUUUCAGGGACCCUCUGCUGAGGAUUGUACAAAGGUUCACUCAAUCCUUGUCCAAGAGCAUGGCCCGUGUCCACAGCCCGAAGAAAUCCCUCCCCCAAGCCUGAAAGUAGCCGGUUGUGGUCAGGUCAGGCAGGUCUGCGAUGCGCUUCUGCGUACAGUGCUCAGUACCAACACUCAAUUUGACAAUGCGGACAAGGCUGUUCAAGGACUCCACAAGGCCGUGGGGACUGUCACAGAAAACCUGCAAUUGGACCCAGAGGAGUAUCCUGGACUCAAAGAUUGCCUGGACUAUAGCCGCAUUCGCACUCUUUCCCUCAAGGAAGUGCAGCAAGCCAUAGUCCAAGGUGGUAACCACAUUGAGAAGGGCAGCAACAUCAAGGCGACCGUGGACCAGAUCCAUGACAUCAACGCUGAGCGGGCCAAAUCGUUUCGAGAGGAAACGGACGAGAGCCCAGCCACUGUCCUGGCAGCUGAACUACUUUCUGAGCAGCAGAAACAGCAAGAGAUCUGGAUGUUCGACCAAGGCAUCCUUAACCUUGAAUACUUGCGAGUGCUGUCUGAGAAGGAUGCCAUGAACGAGUUAAUGGCGUUCCGAGGUGUCGGCGUCAAGGUGGCUGCUUGUAUUCUUCUGUUCUGUAUGCAGAAGCCUGUCUUUGCAAUAGACACACACUGCUUCCGCCUUUCAAAGUGGCUUGGGUGGGUUCCCAGAGGGAUGAAGAAAGGGGGCGAAGAUGAGGCAUUCGCACACCUUGAUGCUACUGUUCCUGACCAUUUGAAAUAUGAUCUCCACCAGCAGUUCAUCCGACACGGUCAGUUCUGCUUGAAGUGCAAGACCAACAGCAAUGAGGGGUGGGCUGAGUGGGAGAAAACCAUCUGCCCCCUUGAGGACCUUCUUCAAAGGACAGGCAAGGAGAAACCACCUGCUAAAUUGGGGGCAAAGAAUGCAGGAGAGAACACCAUUGAGAAACCAAGCCAGGAGCUUGAGGGCGAGGGUGCAAUUGUUGAGGCAAGAGCUCCAAAGAAACGUGGUCGGCAGCAGAAAAAUGAGGGUGGCAACUUCGACGAGCCAGCCAAGCGAGUCCGCAAGCAGAACAACAGCAUCCUGGAGCCAAAGCCUGCACAUGCCCAGCAUGCCACUCGGUCAACUCGCAACAGCAGAAAGGCAGCAUUGGACUUCGUUCCGGAGGCACAAGUCGAGGAUGAACAGCAACAGGACCUUGCUGAGAUUGACGUCGCAGAAGCCAUGCUGAACCCUGUUAUGCAGGUGAUAGCAACACAAGCAGAAGCAGAUGAGGAGUCCUCCUAUUUAUCUGAGCACAGCGACAGUGAAUUCACCAGCUUCAAGCAAUGAGGAGGGUGAUUGAGCAGUAUCCUAAGCCUUGACAUGGCAAUUAGGAUGAAGCAUGUCUGGCCAUAAGAAGCAUGGUAAGGUAUCAUGAUGCAUGCCAGCGUGGACAGCACAUGUAUUACGGAGUUAUGGAUAAUCAUAUCCGGAACAAGGUAUUCAAGGUGCCUCCUAUGCUCACACAGCAGACAUUUCAGGAACAGCCUUCUCUUAUUGGGCAGAAGUUUGGAACAGAAUGGGGCUCAAGGAAAGUAGCGCAACAAUUUUUGGCAAGAGGUUAGAAACCCUGGCUCGGUCUUCUACGGUACAAGCACAAACCUGGGACUUUGGGACGUGGGUGCAUCCAUUUUCCCCUGGCCGACUAUAAAGAACUUCCUUGCUCUGGGAAGCCACCUGGUGGAGCUGGAAAC